GCUCCACGUUGCUCAAACCUAAACAGCAGCGUAAAGCAGCUGUCUGCCGGAGCAUCCUCAGCAUCCGAGCCGAGCCGAGCGCACGUAGGGGGAUAAAAAAAGAAAUAAAUCUGAACAGCAGUGUGUGUCGCGUGCACGAGAAAGUGGUAAUAUAUUAGCCCGCCGAGCCUCCGCGCCAGCCUCCGACAACACGGCGCCGCCGAGGAGCAUCUGAAAAACACUGGGGCUGAUCAUGGGUUCGUCCUCUUGGUAACAGUAUCCGAUCUGCAACACUAACCCCAACCCCCCCUGCGCCAGCAGGAGAAGCAACGCAAUGGGCUCCAGACUGAGCAGACAGAGCAGCCUGGACCAUGAGGAUUUCUCCAAAAGGCGACGCGAGCUUCUAGAUGGCUCCGGAGAGACGCGCGACAGCAGGGGCGGCCGGGCCGGCGGGGACUUUCUGUUCGCACUGAUGCUGAAAUCGGACAAGCUGCCUGGCAUGCUGCGGAGGACCAACCACAGCCCGUACAUCAGGCGCGUGGCGUGGGUCAAGGAGAUACAGAAGCUGCUGCGUGACCGCAGGAUGGAGCAGGCGACCGACGUGCUCAAACUACUGAGGAAGGAUCUCGGCUUGGAAGGCACCUCGCUCAACGACAUCUUAUACAAAAACGCUGCCUUCCUCAACCUGGUGGACCCCAUCUCACACGAGCUGUUGCUCAGCCUGGCUCGAGAGAUGCAAUGUCCUAAGAAGGAUGCAGACACCAGAAAGUCCUCUGAUAAGAUUUGCAGACAGCUGAUCUACCAUCUGACCCCGCACUCAAAGUGGCUGAGGCAGAGCAUGACCAGACGGAAAUCUCAGGCCUGUCUCAAGACGACCUUACAGAAGAAACUGUCCAGCGAAUCGGUCGACCUCUCCGGCGUCCCCCUGUCCACCCGCGACGUCCGCCAAGUCGCCUUCUACCUCCAAAACAACCGAGACACCGUGGUGGCUGUGGACAUCAGCUUCACUGAGCUCCAGGACGAGAACCUGAAGAUCCUCCUGCCUCUUCUCGCGUCGUUGCCCAAACUCAGCACCUUGGCCCUGAACGGUAACCGACUCACCCUGACUAUUCUCAAAGAGCUGACGGAGAUGCUCAAAGACCCCAAGAUGUUCUCCAGCCUGGCCUGGAUCGACCUGGGCAACAACGUGGACAUCUUCACGAUGCCGCAGCCGCUGCUGGUCGCGCUGCGCCGCCGCUGUAGCCUGAAGAGCAGUUUGCCAACCAUCUACGAGUACACCGAGGGCCAACCCUACUGCUACCGCCUGGAGACCUCCAUCGAGGAGCCCAGCCUCUACGAGGGGGAAGAGGAGGAGGACGACGAGGCGGAGGACGACGAGGACGACGAGAGGAACAAAUUUGAACUUGAGGCGUGGAGCUUGGGGGAGAAGCAGCUCUCCAAAGACUUCACCCUCCACUACUGUGAGAGUGGCAGCUGAGGAGCCAAUCCCAAGGAGAUUUAGAUCAGUCGGUUGGAUGGAGGAGCAGCAUCCCGGCGGCGGCUGAAGUGGAACUGGAGUGCGUUUGGAAACGGAGGGUCCCUCUGGGUUCUCUACCGGGACUGAGACUAUCUCUGGCAGGCAGGGCCUAGCUCCCCCAUUGUGUGUUCUCUGUUAAUCUCUCAACAAAAGCUAUGACACAAGUUCAACAGACUAUACAGCCGACGACCCGUCACGUGAUACCGGCAAAACUGCCAUGUCGAGACUUUUUGCGUUUUCCCCCCCUUUCCAAAUGUCCACUUGUGAAUACCCACGCAGCCGUUGUGUAAGAUGUAAAUGAGGACACACACACACACACACCAUGGUUCUCUUCUGUUUCCAUGGGCUAUUUUUGUGCACUUUUGGUGAACAAAGCAAUCUUAGAAGACAACAGGUAGGAUUCAUCAAUGAGUAGCUGUUACUGAUUGUGUUUUGAUAUUCUGUUGUCAUCACCACAGUGUUUCAGUGCAUUUAUAACAGCACAGUGUUACUAUGGGCCACCGGCCGGUGCUGCCCGCCCUACUGCCGUUUGUCUCUACAAACAUGUUGUCAUUUCCAUUGACUGAUACUUAUAGGUGGAGCCGUGUUCGUUAUGCCACACAGACGUGACUGUUAUGUAUUGGUUAUAGCCGGUCUACAAGUAGCACAUAAUGAUUAAGUUCGACUGACUCAAAGCACUUGAAGUCAUCUAAUUUUUCUCUGUAUUUCUGUUUUUCCAAAGCAAAUACUUUGUGAACAUUUAUAACUCAAGAUAUUUCUAAAGCUGAACGCAUAGCAGAAAUGAUGCCCAUAUAGCUCUUGAUUGUUGGAAGGAUCCUUAACAAACACCAUACCUGCAUCACCCAGAUAUAUAAUAAAUGUUUAUGUGUGAGUUAUUUGUAUUUUUAAGUGUAAAAUGUCUAAUUACUGCCUUGAUUAGUUGUGUUUGUGUUGUUUUGGUGUUUUGUCUUGUGUCCAACUCUGUAAUUAUAAUAAUGACUAAUUAUGAAACUGAAUGCGAUGAUCAUCUCCCUGUAAGCUUGAGCAGUGAACAAAAAAAGGUACACAGAGGAAAGCAUUACACAGAUAAGCAGGAAACAAUUAGGUACAUUUAAAGAACACUUCAUGUAAAAUGUUCCAUUGAAUGAUGGAGGGCACUGUCCACUGUUCCUAGUUUAUGUUUCGUGUGUCAAUAUCAAACUUGUAGCCAAUGCGUACUUGUUUCAUGCAAACUACUGACUGCCAAUUAAAGGACCAAUCCCAACUGAAAA